CAAUCUCCCAUCCCUAUUGGCAUUGCCGAAAGAAAAACGUAAACAUUUGUUUUGCCGGACUGCAAUCAUAGUUAUGGACAAGCUAAAUUCGACUCUGACCGCUGUGAAGAACCUGCGAUCCAAUGUGAGGCAGUGUUUCGAGCACUUGGCUGAUGGAACUGAUGGUGAGGGCGGCGAGGAGAGCCGGAAUAAGUUUGUGCACGACUUCCAGGAGAGAUUCGGAGCCAUCAAUUCGCAGUUGCGUGAGGUGGAGCAGCUGAUAAAUGGAUUGCAGGUUCCACCCACGCCCUACUCGCUGGGGAACACGGCUUACCUGGCGCAGGAGACUUCCCAGGACCGGCAGGCGUUGUACCCCCAGCUGGUGAACAGCUACAAGUGGAUCGACAAGGUGCACGACCACAGCUUCCUGGCCUUCAACAAUCUCAACCAGAACACGCUGAGGCGCUCCUACAACUACUGCUCCCAAAAGCGUCAGCGAAUGCCCUUCUCCUCCUUCAACAAUGAUCCUGACCACAUAGACAAGCUCCUGAGUGAGAUCAACACCCCGCCGCACACAUCGUACCGGAUUUUCCGCCCCUUCGGCACAAACGCUGUCGCCAUUGUGACCAUCAGCAACGUGAUGAAGGCGGCCAUAGUGUUCAAGGGAGUGCUUAUAGAAUGGGUGACUGUGAAGGGAUUCGACGAGCCACUGGAGCACGACGAUCUGUGGGCAGAGUCCCGCUACGAGGUGUUCCGCAAGGUGCAGGAGCACGCCCACUCUGCCAUGCUGCACUUCUUCUCGCCGACUCUCCCCGAUUUGGCUGUAAAGAGCUAUGUGACAUGGUUGAACAGCCACAUCAAGCUGUUCCUAGAGCCCUGCAAGCGUUGCGGGAAAUUUGUGGUUCAUGGAUUGCCUCCAACUUGGCGCGACUUGCGCACCCUCGAACCCUUCCACGAGGAGUGUCGCAACUGCUGAAGAUUUUAAAUAUAUAACACUGAUAGUCGUAA